AUGGGCGCUUAUUCUCCGAUCAAUGCCACGUUUGGUGUCCGUUUCGCUCAGAUUUUGGAAACUGACACAGAUUUCAUCAAAUACCACUUGAAAUUGAACAGAAAACUGAUCAAGUUAAGACAUAUUCUGCAUGUCGUGAACAAAGACACAAAACAUUAUCAAAAGGGUCUAACUAAAAUAAACAAUGGCACCACUUUCAGUUCUAGUUAUUACGAUAAUAAAAACAAACUAGUAGGCACUUAUUUCUUAUUAUCGAUUGAAAGAGAUCUUUCGUACAUCGAAUUAUUGAAAUUGAGAGCAAGAAAUAGAGGCAAAUUUUUCAAAAAUGAAUUAAAGAUUAUUAGAACAAGAUUGAGAAAAGUGUUGAAAUUAAGCCACAUUUUAAUCAAUGAAAUUACCAUCAACGAACAAAAUUGGAUAACUCGUUUACAAUAUUUGAUUUAUUCAAAAUUAGUGAACGUUGAAUUUUUAUUGCUAGGUAAGAAAACUAAGAAGAAGAAAAGUGAAUUAAUCGCGAAUGAAUUGUCAUGUGUAUUCGAAGGUUUGAAUCUAUUGAAAAAUAAAAAAAUAUUAGAUUUGUCUGUUGUUGAAGAGAUCAAAUCGAAAUAUAAUUAUUACUUAAAGCAAUAUGCAGGUAAUAUUUUCUCUACAGUCGAUUUGAAUAAUUUUAUGAUAAAUACAAUUUCAAAAAUCCAAAAAUUCGAAUCAAACACAGAGAACGGUUUCACUUCAAUUCUGUUUAGUCAUGGAUAUAAACCAGUCUUGUUAAAAGAGGAGGCUCCGUCAAAAAAUAAUUCAGGAGAAAACGAAAUCCACUGGAUUGAUUUCGUAACAAAAGUUAAUGAUGAAGAAAUUUUCCAACUAAUUAAUGAUGCCAACAAUUCAAAAAUUAAAUCAAUUGAUGAUUACGAUAGUAAAUUGCUGAAAUGGAACGAUAUAUUGAAUAAACAAGAGACAAAUAUUGCAUUCAAACAGCAUGAUGAAGAUAAUAUGGACACUGACGUUUUAGAAAAUGAACAAAUUCUGUUGGCUUAUAUCAAAUACAACGUGCUAAUGACUUCAGUUUCUCGUGAUAAUAUGGUAUUUGAAUCCUUAUUGAAACAGUGGAACAUAAUUACUUCAAACAAGUCAGUGGCUACUUCCAAAAAACUAAAUAAAUACAAAGAAAUUGAAAGAAUAGUUAAAAAUCUAACUAAAUUUAUCAAAGAUUUAAUGGAAUUACCAGGUGUUUUCUCUUCGGAAAAUUUAAUGAAUCAAUUAGAACUUUUGAAAACUUAUUAUAACGUCUCAUUGACUUCAAGAUGUUUAGGUGACUUGUAUCAAUCAAAACAUGACUAUUUACAAGCAUUAUCUUUGAACAUCAACGCUUUAAAAGAAUUAGAAAAUAAUCUAACAGAAUUAAACGAUACAGAUUUAGAAAAGUUGUUAUUACCAUCUGAAUUAAUAAAUUCUAAUAAAGUUUCAAAUUUAAGAAAUUCGAUCAAAUCCUCUUGGAACAACAUCAUCGCAUUAGCUGAAUACGAUAAGCACAUGAAUAAGAAUCAAAAUAGAUGGGCUGUUACCAAUGAUAAAUACAAUUUAUCUCUUAUUGAAAGAAUAGAUGAUGGUGUUAAAUAUAUCCAUCCAAAAUACAUCAAAUUGAAUAAUCUAUUCCCUCUAAGACCAGUAAUUAGACCAGUUCCUAGCAAACCUACUCUAUUUGAUUUAGCAUUUAAUUACAUAGAAUACGAACAAGAUUCAAACAACAACACCGAGGAAACUUCAACUUCAGCUUCCACAUCCCCAGAAGAACCAGAAACAGCAAAGGCAGAAGAAGUCUCCACAAAGAAGAGUGGCUUCUUAGGUCUUUUCAGACGUUAA